AUGACCGGUAUGAGAGUUGCUCAAUUGUUGGAGCAAGGAAAGCCUUUGGAAGUAACGACAAUCGAGAGGCCAACUCCAGGACCAAAAGAUGUUCUCGUCAAAGUCGAGGCCGCUUGUCUUGUUCCGAACAGUAUCAAUGUUAUAACAAAAGGCCCAGGCCCAUAUUUUACCUUGCCGGAAUUACCAUGUGUUUUCGGUUUGGAUGCUGCCGGUGUUAUUGAAGCUGUAGGAGAAAAUGUUGUUGGGCUAAAGGCCGGGGAUCGAGUUUAUGUUGACCCGCAUAUAUCUUGUGGCAACUGUAAACAAUGUCGAAAGGGGAGGAAAGAUUUAUGCACCUGGGGAUGUCUGCGUGCUUACUUCGGUAAUGGAACCCCAGAAGGAAAGGCAAUUCUUAAGCAAUAUCCCAUUGGUUCACUCUCACAAUAUUUGUUAUCACCUGAUGCGAAUAUCGCCGUGAUUCCUCCUUCGAUCGACAUUAACACCGCAGCUCGAUUCGGCUACAUCGGUACUUCAUAUGCAGGUCUUAAGAAAUGUGGAAUGGGACCUGGAAAGACACUUGUAAUCAACGGUGUGACAGGUACUCUAGGAUAUGCCGCCGUAGCGAUUGCUCUUGGUUUUGGCUGUACGAAAAUUCUGGGAAUUGGACGUAAUAAAGAACGUCUGGCUGAGAUUGAAGGAAUGGCCACGAAGGGACGUAUCGUUGUCCGUUCCACUGAAGAUGAGGGGGAUCUCACUCAGUGGAUUAAAGAACAAACAAAUGGAUUAGGUCCCGAUGGUCUUUACGAUUGUCUUGGUAAUGGAGGUGAUGCAGGUGGUACCUCCAAACUGAUUAGCUCUUUGAAACGUGGUGGAAGAGUAGCACUGGCUGCUGGUGGAGUGGCCGGUGAUAUCACUCAUUCUUAUGGCGAAGUUAUGGAACAAGAUGUUAGUGUUAACGGGACACUGUGGUUUACCAGUGAGGAGAUAGAUGAGGCUAUCGAGUUGAUUGGUGCGGGAGUCAUUGACUUCUCAUUUCUUCAACACAAAUUCUUCUCAUUAGAUGAGGUUAAUGAUGCGUUCAAGGCCGUGGGAGAUCGUCCUGGUGGAGCUAUCAAUAUUAUUGUACAGCCACAGGCAUAG